AUGUUUAUUAUUGAUAAUGUGGAGCCAGAAGAACCGUUGGGUUUGUCCCCUGGUCAGAUAAUCAGGCGGGUGACAUGGGGGCUGAUGUUGGUGGCCUCCGUCUGCAUCUAUGGGUCUCAUGCCCCCCUGAUUUCCCUGUGCAGAGUGGGUGGGCAGAUUCCAUUCAGUUCGUCUUCUGUAGUCCUCCUUAUUGAGUUGUCCAAAUUUGUAGUGUCCAUCGUCUUGCUUCUGAUCUGGGAUCGGCGGUCGUUGCAGGUGUCGGUCUCAUGGAGGCUGGCUGCUCCCUAUGCCCUGCCCGCCAUUCUGUAUGGUGCCAACAACAAUUUAGUGGUUCACAUGCAGCACUUCAUGGACCCCAGCAGUUUCCAAGUCUUGAGCAACCUAAAGAUCGUCAGCACGGCCCUGCUCUACAGCGUCGUCCUACGUCAGAGGCUCUCCGCCCGCAAGUGGUACGCCUUGUUCCUGCUGAUGGCAGCUGGCGCCUUCUACAGCUAUGGUGGGAUUCAGGAUCUAGAGGAUCGCUCUGCGGACACCCACAUAUACGUAAGUCUUCCAGGUCUGCUGCUGAUGCUACUCUACUGCACCAUCUCCGGAUUGUCCGCAGUUUACACAGAGGUCACGCUGAAGACUCAGAAACUCCCACUGAACUUGCAGAACAUUUUCCUGUACUCUUUCGGCAUAAUAAUCAACUGGCUGGUUCAUGUAACAGGAGGACAUGGCCAGAGUUUUCUGGAUGGCUUCUCCGUUUGGGUCCUGGUCAUCAUUAUCAGCCAGGCCCUCAACGGCUUGAUUAUGUCGGCUGUGAUGAAGCACAGCAGUAACAUCACAAGACUGUUCAUCAUCUCCCUCUCCAUGCUCGUGAACGGACUUCUCUCUUACCUGCUGUUCCAGCUGCAGCUGACCACGCUUUUCUUCUUAGCCGUCCUGCUCAUCGGCUGCGCUGUCUAUUUGUUUUAUGGCCUCAAAUGAAAUUGCAGGAUGCAGCUUGCCAGUUACGCCCAUGUGGUCGCCCGUUCUCUAACUCAGUUUGCAACCUCCUCUUCUUCACUCUGCCGGCAACUUCAUAUCAUCGCUAUUAUUUCUUACUUUGUGUUUUCCUGCUUGAAUGUUUACUGCAAGAUAUUAGUAAUUUGGGGGGUAAUCGAUUGUUCGCUUGUAACAAUUGUCUGUUUAAGCUGGCAGUGGAUUAUUAUUAAGGGGGAUUUCUUAUUCGUUAUAUAGCUGUUAUUCCAGCCGCUAGUGACUGCAGCAUUAAUGGAAAGUGCCAUGGGUGCAAAUAAAGUACAUGUGCGGGUGUGAUACAGGUGCCUAACGUUUGGGAUGCCGGCGGGAAGAAGACCGACAGCGGCAUCCCGAUGGAGGGAAUCCCGACAGGGGAUAGGUAAGUAUACUUACCCUACCCUCCUAACCCUCGUUGGUGGUGCCUAACCCUCCCUUCCCGGCAACCUAACCCUCGCUGGUGGUGCCUAACCCUCCCUUCCCCGCAACCUAACCCUCGCUGGUGGUGCCUAACCCUCCCUUCCCCGCAACCUAGCCCUCGCUGGUGGUGCCUAACCCUCCCUUCCCCGCAACCUAACCCUCGCUGGUGGUGCCUAACCCUCCCUUCCCCGCAACCUAGCCCUCGCUGGUGGUGCCUAACCCUCCCUUCCCGGCAACCUAACCCUCGCUGGUGGUGCCUAACCCUCCCUUCCCGGCAACCUAACCCUCGCUGGUGGUGCCUAACCCUCCCUUCCCGGCAACCUAACCCUCGCUGGUGGUGCCUAACCCUCCCUUCCCGGCAACCUAACCCUUGCUGGUGGUGCCUAACCCUCCCUUCCCGGCAACCUAAACCUCCCUGGUGGUCCCUAACCCACCCUUCCCUGCAACCUAGCUCUCCCUGGUGGUGCCUAACCCUCCCUUCUCCUCAGCCUAACCCUCCCUGGUGGUGCCUAACCCUCCCUUCCCGGCAUUACUGUCUCCAGGGGUGCCCAUUCCUAACCCACUCUCCCUUCCCCACGGCCUAACUCUAUCAGUCCCCGGCAUACUUACAAUCGGGAUUCCGGCGUUAGUAUUUCAACUGAUGUCUGUAUUUUGGCGUCGGUCUUCUGGCUGCGCAUCGGAUUUCGACUGCUGCAUCCCGACCGCCUCCAUCCUGAACGUAUCCCACCUGUGCAUCCACCAUUAUACUAUACUACUGGAAUGUGAGGCCAGAUUCAAUUUCCUUAUUGGAGAAUGAACAAAGAGUUUUUUAUUGGUUGGUUUAUUUUAGUUACAUUGAAUAAAAUGUAAAUGUUUGGCACUGAAGCAUGGCUACUGUUUUGUUACUCUUACCCUGUAAUCUGCAGUGGUCACUGUUCAUCAGGCACUUUGUAAUCCAUAACUGCUCCCAUCAAAAGCAUAAGAUCGCCAUAACAAAGCACCAAAAGCACACAAUAAAUGUAAUAAAUUGCAGUAUGAAUGGCAGAUCACAUUGACCGUGACCGUGUUGGCUGCAAGAAGUCAAUAACUUGCUGCAUGUUGUGAGUAAAAUUUUAUAUCAAACAAUGAAAUAUGUGGAUAUUCUAAGACCUUAGUCCCAGGAUAUUAUACACAUUCAAAUAUUCUUAUGAAAUACCCAAUAAAAUGUAUUUUUCUAUCUUCUCUAA